GAGACGGAGAGCCCCAUUGUGGAUGAUUGGGGGUUUUAUCAGAUUGCAAAUAGAUUAGAUUCACCAUGGUCAAUCACUGGAAAUGUUAAUUUUUGUACAGAUGAUCAAUGUGGUUCGACAGCAUAUUCACUAUCAGGUUAUUAUUAUGCAGAUUUCACAUAUGACACAGGAAAUUCAAAUCAAGAGCAAGUCAGUACAUUAACACAAAUUAUACAGCUACCACCACUCGAUCAAAGUCUUCAAUAUACAUUAGAAUAUUUUUUAAGUUCACAAUUUGAAACUAAUAUUAGUCCCCAAAUGACACUUUAUAUUAAUAAUGCACCAUAUUCAAGCUAUAAUGGUAAUCUAUUAUUGGGUGAUUUAGAGCAUGUAGUAUUAGAUAAAUCUAUUGAUUUGUUAGGUCCAUUAAAUAUUACUUUUGUAGCAAGAUAUAUCACAUCUGGUACAGUUAUACCAAAUCCCACAUCGAGUAAUGGUUUUAAAAUUGCAUCAGUUAUCAUCAGAAAACCACAAAUGACAGAUUUAAGUGAUGUACUUUAUGUAGAUGUAGUAAACGGUUCAGAUAAAAAAAAUAAUGGUACACAAGAGUUCCCAUUUUCAACCGUUCAACAGGCUUUAGCAAAUAUUGAAAAUAAUGGUACAAUUUUUUUAGCAAGUGGUACUUAUUGUAAUUUGGCCGCUUAUUUACCGAUUUCAAAAUCUGUCAUUAUAAAAUCACUAAGUAAUGAUCCAGCUUCAACAAUUAUUUCUGGUGAAUAUAGAUUAAGUUUAUUAAAGGCAUCUUAUUCAAACAAUAAUAAUGACCUUCUUUUAAAUCAGCAAAAUAGAAAAAAUCAAGAUUAUUAUUUUAAUGAAAAUGAUGUUUUAAAUGAUCCAUUUUUUGAUGACACUUCAUCAUCUUCCUCAUCAUCUUCAUCAUCAUCUUCAUCAUCAUCUUCAUCUUCCUCUUCCUCUUCCUCUUCCUCCUCUUCCUCAUCAUCCCAGGAAUCAUCAUCUAGUUCUUAUGGUCCAGAGCCUGUUGAUACUUUAACACUCUAUGUUUCAGGAAUAACAUUUGGUUGGGCUUAUUCCUCACAAAACUCACCAGGUGGAUCAGCUUUAUUUAUUGAGGGUAAUAUUUUAGCUAAAUUUGCUGAUUGUGUUUUUACAUCAUGCACAGAUAAUCAAAAUAGAGGCAGCAUUUCAGCAAGAGGUAGUGCUGUUUUAUACCUUUUCAAAUCAACAGUAUCCAACUGCUCAAAUUCACUAAGUUCUUCAAGUCCAUCUUAUGGACCAGCUAUUUCUAUGUUAGGUUUUGGUGGUUUACCCACUUUAGCUAUUACCCAAUGCAAUUUGUUAAUGAAUCAAUAUAAUAUUUUAGUUGAUGAAACUCUUUAUUUCUUAAUGAAGGAUUCUAAUGUUGUUGGUAAUUACUCAGAUUCUCAAAGUUUAUGUUCAAUUAUGCUUUCAAGAUCCUCUCAAUCAAAUAUCAACAAUUGUAACAUAUCAAAUAUUAAUAUUGGUGCUCUUUGUAUUAUCUCAAGUGAUACAAAAAUUACUCAUUCAAAUUUCUUUGAAAAUAGUUUAAAAAACGGUCCUGGAGGAAAUAUUUAUAUUAGUCAAGGCUCAGUCGUAGAGAUUGAUUCAGUUAAUAUUUACAAUUCAGAUAGUAAUAUUGGAGCGGCCAUUUUUGCAAUGGAACUCAGUAAUGUCGAAAUCUCAAAUACUACAAUUUAUAAUAUUUCGUCAAAUUCUUUAAUCUCAUCGUCUGAUAGUACACUAACAUUACUUUCAUCCACCAUCGAAAAUACUGACAACCAAUACACUAUUUAUUUAUUUUUUGGUAGCUUUUCUGUUGCAGAAUCAACUAUCUCUUCUUCAAAUGGAUCUUUUUAUGCCACCCAAACUACAAUCAAUAUCAAUAAUACAGUAUUUUAUGACAUUUAUACUAGCAGUCAUGUGUUCCAAGAUUGUACUGUAGAUAUUAGAACUUCAAAUUUCUCGCAACAAAAUGGAUUUUUCUAUUCUUCAUUCUCCAAAAUCGGAAUUUCAGAUUCAAAUAUAGAGUAUUCAAAAACUCCAUUCAUUAUGAUCAGUCCUUUGUCUAAUGUUACCAUUGAAAAUACUAAUUUCAAUGGCAAUCUUGAUACAGUUAUAAAUCUUUUAAGUCAGUCUAAUUUGACCGUUAUUCAAUCACAGUUUACAAAUAAUUCAAAUAGUGUUUUAAUGCAAUACGAAGGUUCCCAAUCUAUUUUUUUCGAUGUACUUUUCUCUGAUAACUCAUCACCUGAGAGUUCUGGUUGCAUCUUUACAUACUCUCAGGUUUCUCUUAUCAACUGUAAAGCUACUGGAAAUAAAGGAAAACAAGGAGGUGUUAUUUCAUCAACUAACGGUGCUUUAAUUUCUAUUGAAGGAGGUAGUUAUGUAUCAAAUUCAGCAGUAGGUGGAGGUGGUGUUAUAUUUUAUAAUGGUAAUAAACCUUAUAUCAGUAACAAUACAAUUUUUUCACAAAAUACCGCAGCAUAUGGUCCAAACAAUGCAACAAAUCCAAGUCAACUUAUUUUAGAUCAACCCUUCCCAUCCUCAUUCCAAUCUGGUGUCACCAAAUAUAACGGUACAGUUUCAAUUUUAGAUUCUCUUGAUCAAGUUAUCAGUGGUAUUAGUGUUAAGAUUUUCCUUCAAAUCGCAGGUAAUACAAUUGAUAGUGUUCCAACUGAUACUGGUAUUGCUCGAUUUAAUCAAACUACUUUAUCUGGGCCAAUAGGUUCAAAUGUUAGUGUAGAGUUCCUUAGUAAUAAUCCAAGUUUACCAAUUUACCCAGCAAAUAGUUCAGUUAAUAGUUGCCAACCAGGUCAAAUCCCAUCAUCUACUAAAAUGGAUUGUAUUGAUUGCCGUUCAGGUUCAUAUGGUUAUGAUGGCAUUAAUUGUUAUCAAUGUCCACAAAAUGCUCUUUGUCCAGGAGGUUCAGUUGUUAAAACUGAAGCAGGCUAUUGGUAUGAUAAUUCAAACCCACCAUAUGUUAUUCUUCCAUGUCCAAAUGAAAACUGUUUGGGUGAUUUAAAUAAUUGCUCUGCUCAUAGCAAAGGUCCUCUAUGUGCUCAAUGCGAUCCUGGCUAUUAUGAUUGGGGUGAUGGCUGCAAGAAAUGUGAUAAAAUUAGUCCAAUUGUUUAUGUUGCAAUUGUAUUGGGUUCUAUUGGUAUGAUUAUUUUGGUUCAAAGUUCAGAUUCCGAAUCAGGUUUUAUGACAAUUAUCGUUUAUUUUGGCCAAACUUUAAUGGUGCUUUCAAGUGGUGUCAAAUUUAGUUUCCUUUCUUUAUUAAAUCUUCAAUUCCAACCAACAUCAUCAUCUGGUUCAAGUAUUUUUGGUUUUUGCCCAGGUCCAUUCGAUUAUUACCAACAACAUUAUUUCACUUUAUUAGCAGCUCCAUGGUUAAUGUUUGUUUUGUUAAUAUCAAGUGUUUUGUUUUAUUUAGUCUAUCGUUAUAAAUUAAUUCAUAGAAUCAAAAGUAAAAUUAAUAAUAGCAGCGGAGAUGACAACGAUAAUAAUCAAUCAAUUAGAAAUUAUUCAAUCAUUACUACAGAAGGAGUUAAAGCUGAAAUCGUUAAAAAGAGUGACGAAAGAGAUAGGCUUUUAAGUGAAAGAAGUAUGACAGAUGAAGAUAAUGACGAAACUACCAAUGGGGAUGAAUAUAGUAUUAUAAACGAUGACAUAAGUCUUCCAGGUUAUGAAAUUAUUGCAGGUUCAAAGAAUACCAGUUUAUCAAAAUCAAUUGUUGAACCAUAUUCACUCAGUGACCAAUCAAUGAAUUCAUCCACUACAGUUUUAGAAAACUCAACUAUUUCAAUACCAUCAAAUCAAACAUUCCUUAGCCAACAAUAUGGUGCUCUUAUCAAGCUAUUACUCAAUAUUUAUACCCCAAUUGGUAAAGCAACAUUCGAAAUUUUCUUUUGUGAACAUAUUGGAGAAUACGUCUUGUUGAUUGCCAAUAAUGCAGUUAGCUGUUUAACAGGUGAAUAUAAAACCAGUCUAUAUGUUAGCUAUGCUUUAUUAGUUGUCAUCAUAGGGUUCCCAUCGAUUCUUUUCGUUUUAUUGUUCAUGAAUCGUAACAGUUUCAACGAUCCACAUACUCAAAGAACCUAUGGUGUUUUCAUUCUCAAAUAUAAAAGCAAGUUCUAUUUUUGGGAUGUAAUUUUACUACUUAGAAGAUUGUUAAUUAUUUUAAUGUCAACUAUGGAUCCAGCUGCUCCACAAAGAUCCUUCCUUUUGGUCGUAGUAAGUUUGGUCUCUGUAUUAUUACAAUUAAGAUAUCAACCAUUCAAGCGUAUCUCUGAUAAUAGAUUAGAGUUAACAUCUCUCUCUCUAUUAUUUAUUUGCUGUGUCUACUUGGAUAAUAUCGUAUACACAAAUAUAGAACAAUAUAUUGUAAUUCCCAGUGGUUUGGUAUUUUUGCUUCACACCAUUUAUAUUUUAUAUUCAAAUUAUAGAUUCCAAAUUAAAGAUACAUUAAAUCAUUACCUAUACAUUCUCUCAAGAGGUAGAUUUGGAAGAAAAAAUCCAAAUAAUACUUUAUUUGGUACAUCAUCUUAUUUCCUUUAUAAUCAAGAUCAUUUAAAUAACGAUGACGAUUUCUCUCAUAAAAUAAUAGUUAAAAAAAAUAAAAAAUUAAAUCAACAAAAUAAUAAUAAUAAUAAUGAUAAUAAUAAUAAUAAUAAUAAUAAUGAUAAUAGUAAUAAUAAUGAAAUUUUACCAAUAAUAGAAAACACCAAUAAUAAUAAUAUUAAAGAAUUAGAUAAUUAUGAUGAUAGUGAUUAUGAUUAUGAUUACGAUACUAGCCAAAGUGAAGAAGAGGAUAAUAAUAAUGGUGAAACAACCAGUUUACUUUCAAAUAAUACCAAUAACAAUAAUAAUACUGUAUAA